GCGGCCUCACGCGCGUCUAAAAGGACUUGAGACAUGAAGUUCGACUCGACAAUAAUCUCGUAAAAUCAAAACAAUCAUCCUAACAUCCCGCUCGUGAUGUGCAUGAACUGUUAACCGACAUCGCCCGGUGAAAUAGCAAACACUGCAGUUAGUGCUGAGUAAUUGUAAAGUGUGCUAUGUUGUGAAUUGUGGCAUGAAUUGACACCCAUGGAUGCGGUGUGCGAGCGCGGCCAGGGCGUGUGCGAGGUCCGCGCGCUGGCGGCUGCACUUCAUUCGCUGCACCUGUAUUGCGCCUCCAUAUCCACUGCGCUCAUUUGCUUCUGUGCGCCGGUACAUCCGCAUUGGCAUAGUAAGCAUUGGAGAGGGCAAACAGCUCGAGGAGUGGCCAGUGUGCUCAUAGGCGUAACUUGGUGCUGUGGUGCCUCUGCAGCAUCACUGAGGCCUGCGGAGACGGUGUACCUGGUAUCAGCAAUUAUAGCCCCACUGGCGUGGCUGGCCGCUGCUGCACUACACGCUACACUGUGGAGCCGUCGCUCGGCUGCACCUAUCCUUUACCUCGCUGUAUAUUGGCUUUUAUCAGCCAUUUCCUCAGCAGCCAUUCUGUGGAAGCACAUCAAGACUGAAGUCAGCCUAAAUCACAUUGAAGUUUACAUUCAGGCGAUUUCUACAAUAUUAGCAGUAUUUAUAGCGGGAGUUGACAGUGUUUGUUUUUAUGAUGAGGUUGCAAGACGACACAGAAAUCAACAAAAGCAUACUACUGGUGACAUUAAUCAAAAUAUACCAUACAAAUACAAUGAUACAUACUUUUAUUCAAAGAUAGCAUUCUUAUGGCUAAACCCACUGCUUUAUAGAGGAUACCUUUCACCUCUGGACCAAGAAGGACUUGGUGAUUUACCACAAGAUGAAAAAUCAAAUAUGUAUUAUGAAAAAUUUAAAAGGAUUUAUAAUGACUUAAAGAAUAAAAAAGUGGACGAAGGAACCCCUAAUAUAUGGCAUUGCUACUUUUACACAGUGUGGCCAAAUUUUUAUAUUGCGGGUAUCUUGAAAUUAUUAGGUGACUUAAUAAGUGUGGUACCGGCAUUAGGUUUAGCAGUUAUUAUAAGAUUUAUCGAGGAACCUCUUGACAGUUACGAUCAGAAAUCACAAGUUACCAUACAGGAAUAUUUCUACAAUGGAUAUAUUAUGUUAUUUAUAGUAACAAUAGCACUGAUAAUACAAGCGUUGCUAUCUCAAAAUUCUACUCAUUUAGUAACUGUAGAGGGCACAAGACUGAAAAUAAGUUUACAGAGUAUGUUAUACGAUAAAUGCAUGCGACUGGCGCCAUGGUCCUCGGCUAGUCCAGAAGAAAAUGAAGAAUCCCCAUUGCUGCAUGUGCCGAAUGUUGCGGCCACAACUCCGACUGGUCUCCUUACUAAUCUCAUUUCACAAGACACUUACAAUGUAAUGUCAUGUGUUUGGAUUUGUCAUUAUUUAUGGGCUAUACCAUUAAAGGUAACAGUAAUUCUGUACUUAUUGUAUACAAAAUUAGGUAUAAGUGCUAUAAUAGGCACCGCAGUCAGUGUUAUGUUUAUCACCCCACUACAAUUCUUCAUUGGCAAAAAGUUGUCUGAUAAUUCUAAAGAUAUAGCAAAAUGCACAGACCACAGAAUAUCCAAAAUGACUGAAAUACUAAAAGGUAUUAACGUCAUAAAACUUUAUGUAUGGGAAGAUCUGUUUAAUGAAAAAAUAUUGCAUUUAAGAGAAGUGGAGCUAAGGCUGUUAAAUAAAGACUCUAUAUAUUGGAGUUUCUUAACAUUUACUACUCAAGUAUCAACAAUUUUGGUGACAAUGAUUACAUUCAUAGCAUAUUAUUUCAUGGAAAAUAGUAAUACUUUAACUGCAUAUAAUGUUUUUGCCGGGUUGGCUUUAUUUAACCAAUUAUCAGUACCAUUACUUAUUUUACCAGUGACCGUUCUAAUGGUCAUUCAAGCUAUGGUUAGUACAAGAAGAAUCAGAGAUUUUUUAGAUCUUCCGGAAUCUAAUAAUAUUAAAGAAGUUAACGAUACAGAAUUGAUGAAACCAACAGACAUCUUGAACAAUGCUUUUAUUAAUUGUUCUACUGACGACACGCUUCCCAUAGAUAAUGUCGCUACUAAAGAAGAAAUAGGAGAUGAUGACCAAUUUUCAGAUGAUGAAAAUACAAAACUAGCUCAAGAAAAUAAAUUUGUAGUUAGUUUUCAAAAUGCAGUAUUUUCUUGGGGAAUGAAAAAUGGCACAUUAUUAGAAAUUGAUGAUUUAGAUAUUCCAACAGGAAAACUAAUAAUGGUGGUUGGUUCAACUGGAUCCGGUAAAACGUCGUUGUUAUCUGCAAUACUCGGCGAAAUGUAUUUAGAGCGAGGCGAAGUUAAUUACAAUGGACAUUGCAGUAAAUGGUAUGCAGGACAACCACCAUGGUUACUAGAGGCAUCGGUACGAGACAAUAUAGUGAUGAACAAUGCUUGGUGUCAACGAAAAUACGCGCGAGUGUUACGUGCGACUAGUUUGCGACCCGAUUUACAACUCUUGCCUGAAGGAGAUGCGACUCGCCUUGGCAGCCAUGGCACGCCACUUUCCGGUGGGCAGCGAGUGCGUGUGUGUGUUGCACGAGCUAUCUACUCUAAUGCGCAUCUGCUGGCGUUGGACGAGCCGCUCGCAGCAUUAGAUGCGGGGCUGGCGCAGCACGUCGUAGCGCGCGCGAUGGUCACGGCUGCCCGAGCCGGCCAUACAGUGAUAAUCGCUACUAACAGAUUGGAACUGUUACAUUAUGCUGACGUGGUAAUAGCCAUGGAGGACGGUCGAGUGUGUGGGGUUGGACGUCCGAGCGCAGGUGGACCAUCGCCGCUGUCGCGUUGGGCACAACUAGCUGGCUCUGCACGCGCGGCUGCAGCUCGUUCUGGUGUAGGCCCGCCUGGAGGCUCUGCUCGCGAACGUGACCGUCUGCGUCGAGCUCUCAACCGCACCAGGUUCCAAAGGUGUCAUUCCGACAAUACUAUGAUCGGCAUCAAUGAAGCGGCGGGAGCACACUUGCUGACGGAAGUGCCAACGUGCGCGGGUGGCAGUUGGCGGCAAACCACGACUCGUACCAGGCGCCCGCUCUGUAGACAAUUAUCUUCACCACCACCCUCAUUGCAGAAUUACAAAUGGAGACAUGAGGUGCGACGCGCAGUUAGCGCGGACGCAUCAAAUACAGCGCUGCAAAGAGAGGCAAGUCUGCUGCGGAGGCUGCUGCGACCUAGAACACAUCGUACUCUUGCCAGAUGGACACCGAGAACGCUACGUCGCCUAUUAAGUUCAGAAGCAAACACACACAAUGAAGACAAUUUAAAUAAUGAUGUAGCUAACGAAACUGGAGUUGACUCGACAUACACGUCAUUGACUUCCAAUGGCGCUGAGACCAGCAACGUGAUGGUUUCAAAUUCAUUUUCUAGAAAAGAAAAUGACACCAGUGCCAGUGAGGAAGCAGCGUGGUGCGAGUACGGGCGGGCGUGCGGAUGGUGGGGCGCCCUGUACUGGGUGGCGGCGGCGGCGGCGCAGGCUCUCUCGAUCGCUGCUGACUACUGGCUCAUGCGUACGACAACCGACACCAAAGUGCCACUCACAGAGGAACAGAUGUGGAGUGGCGUCCAAAUCUACGCCUUGUGGUGUGUGUGCGGUGCGAGUAUGGGCGGACUUGCACAAGCGGCGAACGCAUGCGCGGGAGCGAGGGCGAGACGUAAACUCCACGAACGCCUCUUGCAUUCAUCUCUGCACGCUCCACUACAUUACCACCACGCAAUGCCACACGGAUCACAAUUACAUCGCUUCUCUGCUGAUGUACAAGUUAUUGAUAAGAAACUGCCGAUAGCUACCAGUCGUUGGGCACAGCUAGCACUUCUUUGUGGAGCUGCGAUGUUAGUUAAUGCAGUCUUAGCACCGUGGAGUCUCCUUGCCCUUAUUCCAGCCGUUAUAUUUUAUUUCACUCUGCAAUCAGUUUACCUUUAUAAUGCCAGGGAGCUUCAGCGCGAAGAGGCACAGAGCGCAGCCAGUGUGGUGUCACUGGCAGCGGAGACGAGCACAGGCGGCGCCACCGUGCGCGUAGGUCGGCUCCAACCUUACAUGCGCGCCGCUUUUCAGCGUCGGUUAGAUCGCAAUCAAAAUGCGCUACUGCUUCUAAACUCGGCCAACCGCUGGCUUGGACUUAGUUUGGACAUAGUGGGCGCGGGCAGCGUGUGCGCGUCUCUAUGCGUGGCGUUGAGCGGUGGCGGCGGCGGCGGAGGAGCGGCGGCGGGCGGGCUGGCUGGCGCGUACGCGCUUUUGCUGCCUGCGUACCUGGCACACCUGGCCAAGUGCCGCGCAGACCUGCACCUACAACUCGCCGCCGUUGAGCGCCUCUCUCACGAUACGCACGUGCCUCAAGAGGAUUACAAGGACGAUUGCCCUAUACCAUCGGGCUGGCAACGAGAUGGAAAAAUAGAAUUUGACAAUGUAACAAUACAACCUGAGCCGGGAGCGCAACCUAUCCUCCACAACAUAAACCUGUCAAUCAGUCCUGGGCAGAAGAUUGCAAUUUGCGGCCGUAGCGGUAGUGGUAAAUCAUCACUCUUGUUAACGUGUGCGGGCGCAACGACUAUACGCAGCGGUCAAGUGUUCAUCGACAAACAGGACGCCACGCGGGUUCCACUGCGGGCGCUGCGGCACCGUGUCGUGCUGAUGCCACAGGAGCCGGUACUGUUCUCAGGCACUCUGCGAGAAAACCUGGACCCGCUCGCCAUGCACACCGACGAGGAGAUAUGGCACAGUUUGAAAGUUGUGGGCCUGUUUGAUUUCGUUACGGCUCAACCGGCCGGACUAGAAUGCAGCGUGAGCGCGUCAGCCGGUUCAGGCGAGGGCGGGUGGAGCGCGGGGUGGGCUGCGCGCGCGUGUGCGGCGCGUGCGGCGCUGCACGCGCGGACCGCGGGCGCGCUGCUGCUGGACGAGCCGGCCGCCGCGCUCCACGCGCCCGCCGACCGCGCCCUGCUGCGAGCGCUCGCCGCCGCCGCGCCGCACACCACCCUCCUCACCGUCACGCAUCGUAUUUCGUCUGUGCGUGGCUACGACCGAGCCAUUGUCCUAGAGGAUGGCCACAUAGUGGAACAAGGAGAAGUAUCCGAGCUCCUCGGGCAACCUACCUCACGACUCGCGCGCAUGUUAGCCACCGUGAACAGAGAAAGAUAAUCUCGACUUGCUAAUGACACAAUUAGAAGCAUAUGAAGUUGACCAGUGCGGGACCAACUUUGCUGGAGCCCGAUGACACUCGAUACUCUCACACCAGCCACCACCGACAGUUACCCAAAGAGACAACACUACCAUACAAGAUAAAACUACAAUACCUACUACCAAGAAAAUCUUAAGGAUUACGAAAAAUAUGACUUAUGAGAAAAACGAUGUUACAUCCGACAUUGAUGUAUAUUAUGUAUGUACGUUAUUUGGUGCGUCUAUAGAUAACGCAUAAAAGACAAAAUUAUGUAUAUCUGAUACAGGUAUAAUUCUAUAUUUGUAUAUUUUAUAAUACUUACUUUAGCCUACUGCCUACUGUAAGUUAUAUUAAACUCAUAUAUUUAUUUAUAUUGAGUAUCGUAAUUAUCUAUUUAUUAAUCAUUAUAGAUAUAGCUAUUCCAUGAAAAUCAAUUGACAUUAAAUAUUUUUUUCUUGUUUGAACACAAGACAUCCAUUAUUACUACAAAAUUAAAUAUAAUAAAAAAAUAUAUUGUGUAAAUAUAUAACAAUUGAAUUAUUUUUGGGACAAUGAGACAGAGGCCAUUAUUUAUUUAUAAAUCUAUUAGCAAUUUCCAAACUUACUGACUUUUGAAUUUGGCAAUAUUGAGAAUGAUUGACAGGAGUAUCGUAUAUUUUAUACUUUAUAAGCAGUAAAUUUAAAUUGUAUUUAUGAAUUACUUAAUAAUACUUUUCCACGACCACUAAAGUCGAAUACUUUUAAUACUUAUUUUUUAAAUAUAAAACUUAUGCUUGCAGAUUUUCUAUAUAAAAACUUCAUCAAAAUAAGGUUAAAAAUUUAUUAUCCAAUGGUAUUUACGAUCAAUACGUACUUUUAAACUCUAUCCUCAGUUGGUGAUGGUGAUGUUGAUGAAACUGAACGUUAGAGAAUUCCGUAAUAAUAACGUUACCUAGUCACGUUUGUCAAGUUUUAUAUCAAUAAUAAAAUACUGAAAUAAACUUAAUGUAUAACAUUUAUAUUUCAACGAAGUUCCUGUGUAUGUACAUAUUCUGUUCGGUGUAUUUAGUAAACAACCAUGGCAUGUCUUUUUAUCGAAAUUGGUAAUUAAGAAUUGGGAUAAUAAUAUACUAAUUAUUUACCCCAAAAACCUGCAAUAUUACAUAUUUAUUUUCAUCACUAUACCUAGACACGCCAAUAUUAUUUACAGAAUGUACGUACUAUAUUUGUAAAUGAACAGAGUAUUGUUAAAUAUGUACAAUUACCGAGUUAUGAAAACUUAGUAAACAAUUACAAAGAUUUUUCACUGCCGUUUAACAUAUUAUUAUUAUACAUGUAAAGGUGUUUAUUGAAAAAUAAAUAAUAUAAACAAUGUAAUUUAGUUUCAAAUUGUAUUAUCAAUAGAUUAACAAUUGCACAUAAUUCGUUUAAAGCUCACAUUGAGCGCAGCGACGUCCGCGCGCUUACAACAAACACAACGUGCUACCAGAGUCAACGUUACAUCAUAAAAUUAUAUCACUACAUAACAAAUUACAACAAUAUUUACGUUGGCACCGAUUUAUAUAUAAUUAUAUAAAAACAUUUGUGUCACCACACAAAUCAUAUAAAAAUAUUUACUUAUACAACUUACGUAAAUAUCCUUACAGUAAUGCUAAAUUAAAAUCUCGACAUGUUCAUUAAAUUCUUUUUUCUUUUACUUAUCACACUUAGUUAUUGGAGAGGACGGGCAGGCAACAUUUCCAAUGCUUCACACAUAAUAUCACAUUCAGUGUUAUUAUAUUACAGUGAACAUUCAGGUAGAAUAACCAUGUCACAAUUCUUUGGUAAUUUCAUGAGUUGACAUAUAUUUUGUCUUAUAUAUUAACAUGACAAUAUUAUCAAUGUGUAUGAACAUAGUCUAUAAAGGCACUAAUUUAGGCCACACUUCAUUCAAACAAGUAUAUAACAGGCAUUUUUUUUUAGUUAGCUUUAUAUAUAUUACAGUUUAGGCGCUGCGUAAUAUACAGACAGUUAUAGUGGACAAUUUUAUAUUUAUUGUAUAAAAAUAAGACAAUAUGUCCAAUACGAUAACAUCCAAUAUAUUAAGCGGUGCACAUUUGCGCAGUGCCAUAAUCAUUGACUGUUUUUGUACUUGGAACUGUCCGAUUUUAUAUUAUUUGACAUAAAUAUUUGUAUGAUGCUAUAUCUGACAGUAAGCAUUGGUAUAAUCAAUUUACACAAGCGCUAAUUUGAGUCAUUGAAUGAAUAAAUAAGAAAAACAAAUAACUUGUGCGUUUUAUAAAAUACUUCAUAAAAAGAUAUCGACCAAAAUAUAUUAAAAAAAUCACUUCGGCUUACGAAACAAAAUUUUAGUACUUCUUAUGACAAUCUAUGCUAUUCGUUUUCAUGUUCAAUCAUGUUUUUAUCAACCAGGCUGACAGAGGGAUGUGACAACUCCACUACUAAAAGCUUUAACUGAAUAUUGGCAUUUAAUAUUAUUAUAUAUAUUACAAGGUACAAAUGGGUAGGCUGCUCAGGCUUCGACUCAUAUAAUUCUUAGAAUAUAAUCUGUAUAUAUUUACAAGACUUACUAUAU